CUCGCGCGUGUGCAUUUAGAAAGCACGUCACGCAGGCGGAAGUGCGCUGGGUGUCAUCAGUGGCAAGAUGGUGGCCACUAGGAGAGGUACACGCUUGGGUUCCCCAACUAAAAUGACCAGCGAUGAAGCUUCUGGAGUCACGGUGCCCACUCCUUCGACCAGAAGAACACUACGUAGAACUAUAUUGGAGGAGAACCAGUCGCAGUCAGAACUCACUGGUGACUCUCAGCCAGAUGAGCCAAAAGAUGACAGUGCUGCCCCUUCCUUACGAGCAAGUCCACUUAAGCAAGAGACUAGAAGAUCCAGGCGUCUUCCUGCAAAUAAAAAACAGCCUGACUCUACCCAUGAAGCUGAUGUCUCGGAAUCAGAAUCCUGCUGCUCUGUAGUUGCAGAUGUGCAGGUGACACCUAGAACUCGUAGAAGAACUAUGAUCUGGGAGAAACCAAAAGGCACAGCACAGGACGAAGCAUCUGACGCUAAAUCCUGCUUAUCUUCAGUUUCUAUGACCCGUUCAUGCAGGGCAACACGUAGUCUAAAGAAACCCGCUCAGACUCCAGCAGCCUCUAACGCUGCAAAGGAUAAUGAUGGUGGCGAUUUGUCAGGGGCGGAGUCUUGCAGCUCUGUUCUGUUUCUCAAAGUUCCGGACACUCGUAGGAUAACCAGAAGCCACAGGAAAACUGCGGUUGCCUCCACCGAAGCAGACCCAUCAGAACCAGAGUCAUGCUCGUCCAGUGUUUCUGGCCUUUGGGGUUCCAUGGUCCGUAGGUCCACACGAAACCAGAAGGUAAAACUAACCAGACCAAUCCCUUUGAACUUUGAAGAUACCACAGACACCCCUUCCUCUCCAAGGUCCAGCAGAACAAGAGGCUGUAGACGCAAGGCAAAGUCAGGAGUUGAAGAAGAGGUAUAUGACUCGGACGGAUGCAAAUCUGGUCCUAGUAUGAGUCCCUGGAGGUCCACUAGGCGUCAAGCCAAACUAGACACUCUGGUUGGCGAGUCUGAUUCUGAAUCAGUUGCUACUGAUAUCUGCACCUCUCAAGGUAGUCCAAGCUCUUUAAGAGGAAGGGGAACUCCUUGUAGAAGCCGAACCGGCUCUACCAGUAGUAACCGGGCUGUUCCUGGAACCAGGACAAGAAGCAAAGCAAGAGAUACCCCUGAUUUGAGCAUCUCUUUAACAACUCUUUCCACCAUGCCUGAGAAAGAACGAGAGGCAGAGGAACAUGAGCUAGUACCUCCCCAACCUGAAAAUGUUCUAGGAGAAGACAAGAAACUCGAGGACACAGUGAAACAACUUGACCACACCAUGACCAUGGACACAAGUAAAGCCAAGGAGAGCAACACGAUUGAGGACACAGUUGGAGAACUCACUCUAGUUCUCGAGCAAGAUGAGACUGUCGAAAGCAGUGCAAGUGCAGAAGUCGAUUUGCUGGAACCUCAGAGCACGCAAGAGACCGAGUCUCAAUUUAGAGCUGUGAUUGUGUUUGAAACUGUCAACUUGAAGGACUGUGGGACCGAAACGCACACCGAUCGAGAAGCCGUGGCUGAAAUGGAUCUUACAGUAAUUGAAGGUAAAGGAGAUACAGGAGAUUUUGCAGUGGAAGACUAUGAGCCAGAGUUUGUGGAAGCAAACCAUGCUGUUGAUGUUCAGGCAUGUUAUGAGCAUGCCAUGGAUGAUACAGUAGGUGCCAUCCCAGAGGAUCAUGUAUUAGCUAUAGCUGAGAAGAUUGUGACCGAUGUUGAGGAACUUGAGGAGAGUAUUGGUUGUGAGAGAGGCAUAGUAGCUAUCAAAGAUCAUAGUGACACCGUUAAGGCAACUGUGGAUGAAACUUCUAUAAUUUUGACUGAAGUGGAAGGUCCCUCUUCAAGCUUGAAUACUCAAGCAGAUUUGACUACUACAGAGGAACCAUCUAAGGAAGCUCCUUCACAGAGAGGAAUGAUCAGUUUACUAGAUGGCAGCGAGGAUGAGGAGAGUGGUGAAGGUCUGUCUCCAGAUGAAGAGGAGGGGGGUCGUUCACAGGAAGCUGAGGACAUGCCGAGUGAAGAAUUGAUGUACCCUGAUGGAAAUCAGAUGUCAGUAGAAGCAGCAGCUCACAGUAAUGGACUGUUUGUCAUAGACACUAGGCCUGGACUACGGCCUGAUGAAAAGUACUAUGUUGAUGUAAAGCAAACAGAGGAAGAGGACGAGGAAGAUUUUGUUGACGAAGCAGGAGAUGACGACGAUGAUGAAGAUUCAAGAGUGCUCUUUGCGUCCAGAAAGCCUUUGACACAAUUAUCCAGUUCCAUUGACACAGGUCUCAAAAUGAAGGAACUUGGUGGUUUGUACAUCAGUUUUGAUGGCAGCAAGCCAGCAAAGAGUCUUUCCAACAGUUUGGAAACUCAGAAGGACCAGAACAAUCUGGAUGAGCUGCUGAAGAAGAGUGUUAUCAUUCCCGAUUUGGAGAAGAAAGAUGCAGUGCCUCCUUACAAGGAAUCAAAGCAUGCUGCUAAACUCAAGCGCAAGGUGGAAAGAGAAAAGACUACUGGGGAUGGCUGGUUCAACAUGAAAGCCCCUGAAUUAACAGAAGAGCUCAAAAAUGACCUUAAGGCAUUGAAGAUGCGCUCGGCCAUGGACCCAAAGCGCUUCUACAAGAAGAAUGACAGAGACGGAUUUCCCAAGUACUUUCAGGUUGGCACAGUGGUUGACAGCCCAGUGGACUUUUAUAAUUCCCGAAUUCCGAAGAAACAAAGGAAAAGGACAAUUGUGGAAGAGCUGCUUGCUGAUGCAGAGUUUAGAAGCUAUAACAAAAAGAAAUAUCAAGAGAUCAUGACAGAAAAAGAAGCACAUGCUGCUGGCAAGAUGCACAAAAAGAAGCAUAAAUUUCAUAAAAAGAAAAUGAAUAAAUAAUUAGAUUUGUAUCCUUCUGUUUGUGAUAUUUUUAAACAGGAAUUUUGCCUAUGUAAAGACAAUUCGUAUAAAUGGCAAAUAUAUUUUUUGCAACUACUGUAAAUUCAGUGCUUGCAUAAUUUUUUUAAGAGAUUUUAGUGGAUUAAUGAAAGUGAUGUUUUGAAGAAUAAUUUUGCAUAUGCCAAAAAACAUGUAAUUUAUACAGAGAAAAACAGUGAAUUUACACUUUAAACGUUUUUCCAUUGAAAAGAAAAAAUUCUGUAGAACAGAACAACAGUGCGGAUGGAAAAAAAUCAGAUUGAGAAGACUUAUCAAUUAAGUGCAAACAGCCAUUGUCAGACAUGUUUUAUUUUUCUGGCUUUGUGAAUUCACAAUAAAUCAAGUCAAAUAAA